AAAAGCGGGGCCGGGCGGAGGCGCGAGGCAGUGGGUGAGCAGUGCCGCGCCCGUCCCGCGCCGCGAGCAGGGAAGGAGACACCGGGGAGUGCGUGGAGGAAGCCCCGGGGCUUGGGCGGUUUUGGCGAGGCGAGGCGCGGAGCUCCCUUGCCCUUGCCCUUGCCCUUGCUCGGCGGAGAGGAGCGCAGGCGGCAGCAUGGGCGUGUCCGCCUCUAGCCCGCUGGACGAGAGCAAGUGCACCUACAUCCGAGGGAAAACUGAAGCUGUAAUCAAAAACUUCAGCCCGCACUACAAGCGCCAGUAUUCUGUGGCUUUCUGUAAGCACAUACAAAAUGAACUGGAAGAACACCAAGACUCCCAGUCUCAUUUCCUAAAAAUCAAGCCCCCUGCAGAACCUGGGAUGAUCUUGUAUGAGGCAGAGAUCCUGCAUUUUGCUGAAGAUCUGAAGAGAUGGAAGGAUAGAUACAUCGUGGUGAAAAAUGACUAUGCAGUGGAGUGCUUUGAGAACAAAGAGGCCUACCAGAAGGGAGCCAGCCCUAAAUAUCGCAUUCUUCCUGUAGGAGGCAAAGUAUUGACCUCAGAAGAAGAUUACAAUUUACUGUCUGAAAAACAUUUUCCAGAUCCUCUUGCUUCAAAUGAGAAGGAGCCUCCCUUUGUUCAGCUGCCAAAAGAGUUUCCAGUUUUCCUGUGGCAGGCCUAUCUCAGACACAGCUACUACUGUUUUGAGGAUCCAGAUGCUCAGAAACAAUUCAGUGCAGUAUUGAAUGACUGUGUCAGACACUUAAAUCAUGAUUAUCUCAAGCAAACAACAUAUGAAGUGCAGGCAUUUUUAGAAGCUGUCCAGUUCUUCCGUCAGGAAAAAGGCCACUAUGGAGAUUGGGAAAUGAUAACUGGCAAUGAAAUUCAGAUCCUAAGCAAUCUUGUCAUGGAGGAGCUCCUGCCUAACCUUCAGACCAUGAUCCUGCCUAAAAUGAAAGGAAGGAGGAACUACAGGAAGAGGACUUGGUUUGGCAUUGUAGAAGAAACAUACAAUUUGGUCCAAGAACAGGUUUCAGAAGGAUUAAGUACCCUGAAAGAAGAAUGUGAAGAUCUUACAAAAUCUCUUGAAGGAACAGUUCGUUCAGAUGUGGAUCAGAUUUUAAACUCAACGAACUUCUUAGCUGGUAAAAUCAAAGCAACUGUUUCUGAGCCUGCCCAGAAGUGCUGCACAGAGAAUAUCCAACCAUUUCUUGCUUCCAUAUUGGAGGAGCUAAUGGGUCCAGUGAGUUCUGGAUUCAGUGAAGUCCGUUGCCUCUUUGAAAAAGAGGUUAAUGAGAUUAGCCAGAACUUUCAGAAAACAAAUGAUACCACACAGCUAACAGAGAGUUUGGAGCAACUGAGAAAACUGCCACUCAACUCUGUGAAAAUGGAACCUUGCUAUCUUAAAGUCAAUCUUCUCCAGGAGCUACUCCAGGACCUCAAGAGUCGCUUUAAGUUCUACUAUAUAGACUUUGUAAUUCAGAAGACACAGAACUUCAUGCAAGAGCUUAUGGAAAAUGCUGUUUAUACUUUUGAGCAGCUGUUUUCUCCAAACUUGCAAGGAGACGUAGCAAAAAUUACAACAGCCAUUGAAAAAGUCAAACUGAGAGUACUAAAGCAAUAUGACUAUGACAGCAGCACUGUCCGGAAGAAGAUAUUUCAGGAAGCAUUGGUAGAGAUCACAUUACCCACAAUGCAGAAGACACUGGCUUCACUAUGCAAACCAGAGCUGCAGAAAUAUGAACAGUUCAUCUUUGCAGAUUACACCAGUGUGAUACAAGUAGAGAAUGUCUAUGAAGAAAUUUUAUAUCACACAUUGCUUGAUGAAACCUUAAAAGUGAUAAAAGAAGCUGCCAGCUUGAAGAAACACAACCUUUUUGAGGACAGUCUCAACAUGCCUUGUGAAAGUGUGUCCAGUUUAACUGACUUGAAGACCCCUUCAGGAUCAACACAAACCACCCCAGCUAAGAAACCAUCCACCACCCUCACGGAAAUAUCAGAUACUGAAACUCAAAAUGAAGAGGUGCUUGUUUUGGCAGAAAAUAUUUCCCAGGAAGAAUGUUAUGAUGCUGGAAAGGCAAAUGAUGAAGGAACAAUUGUUGACAUGACUAACAUUCCUGAAACCAUUAGUGAAAAAAUGAUCUUUACAGACAUGACUGAUAAACAGGAGUCCCAAUUUUCUACUCCUAGGGAAGAAGAGGCUGUAGAGGAAAAAAUAACUUCCCAAAAUGAAAAUACAGUGGAGGCAGAGUUUGGGGGGAAAACUGAAAAAGAAAGUCAGGUACAAGAAGAGGCUAUGGAGGAGAAGGUAACUUCCAAGAAUGAAAAUGAAGUGGAGGCAGAGUUUGGAGGGAACACAGAAAAAGACAGUGGGGUACCAGAGGAGGCUGUGGAAAUGAAGGUAAGUCCCCAGAAUGAGGAUGGAAUGGAGGCAGAGUUUGGUGGAAUAACCGGGAAAAAAAGUCCACUACAAAAGGAGGUUAUGGAGGAUAAGAUCACUUUACUUAACAAAAAUGCAGUGAUGGCAGAUCCUGCCAAUAGCACUGCAAGAGAAAGUCAGGCUCAAGAGGGGGCUGUGGAGGAAAAGGUAAGCAUCCAGAGUGAAGAGGCAGAGCUGGCAGGGCACCUUGAGACGGCAAGCCAGGCACAGCAGGAGGCUGUGGAAGAGGUGAGUUCCCAGGUUGAACUUGUAGUGGAGGCAGUGAUUGGAGGGAAUGUUGAAAAAAAAGAUCAGAUGCAGGAGGAGGGUAUGGAUGAGAAGGUAAGUUCCCCAAGUCAAGAUGCAGGGCAGUCAGGGUUUGGUGGCAAAGCAGAAGAAUUGGAGGAGAAUGUAAUUUCUCAGAGUGAGGGUGCAGGGAAGGCAGAAAUUGCAGCUAACACUGAAAAAGAAAUUCAAGUACAGGAGGAAGAAGUGGAAGAGAAGGUAAGUUCUGAAAAAGAGACUUCAGACUUUGCUACGGGUACAGAGGAAGUUGAUCAGGUAAAGCAGGAGGUAGUGGAGGAACAAGCAAGUUCACAGCAUAAAGAUGCAGUGGAGGCCAUGUCUACAGGGCAGCCUGAGAGAGAAAACCAGGUACAGAGGGAGGCUGUAGAAGAGAAAGUAAGUUCUGAGAAUGGGGGUGCAGUGGUGGGAGAGAUUGCAGAUAACAUAGGGAAAGAAUGUCUAGUACAACAGGAGGAGGUGGAAGAGAAAGGAAAUUCACUGAGUGGGGAUACAGGGGAGUUGGUGUCUACAGGGCAGCCUGAGAAAGAAAGUCAGGCUCAAGAAGGGACAGUGGUGGAGAUUUUUAUAUCCCAGAGUGAUGAUGUGGUGGAGGCUGAGGUGACCCAUGUCACUGAGAAAGCAAGCCAGGUACAGGAAGAGGCAGUGGAGGAGGGGGUAAGUUAUGGGAAGGAGGUUGUGGUGGAGAAAGAGCUUGCCAGAGACCCAGGGCAAGGAAGUCGGGUAGAAGAGGAGCCUGUGGUGGAGAAGGUAAUUUCACACAGUGAGUGUGCACUGGAGACUGUGUUUCCAGGCCAGCCUGAUAGAGAAGGUUGGGUCCAAGAGGAGGCUGGGGAGAAGAAGCUAAGUUCUGAAAAUGGUGUAGAGGUUGCAGAUAACACUGGAAAUGAAAGUCAAGAACAGGAGGAAGGUGUGGAGAAGGAGGUAAGGCUGCAGAGUGAUAGUGCAGGGGAAGUCGAGUUUUCAGGGCAGCCUUAUAAAGAAGGUGAGGUAAGAAAAGAGGCAAUGGCAAAGAUGGCAAGUUCUGGGAAUGAGGGUGAAACAGAGAUAGAGUUUACCAGGGACACUGAGACACAGUUUCAGGUUCAAGAAAAGAUAGUAGAGGAGAAAGUAAGCUCACAGAGUGUGGAUGCACUGGAGUCUGUAUCUGCAGAGCAGCCUGAUAAAGAAGGCCAGGAACACAGGGCGGCAGUGGAGGAGAAGAUAAGUUCUGAGCAUGAAGACAAAGUGGAAGUGGAGAUUGGAGAUAACACCAAGACAAUAAGUUGGGUGCAAAAGGCAGCUGUAGAGAAAGUUCCUGCCCAGACAGAGGAUGCAAGAGAGGCAGAGUUUUCAGGGCAUCCUGGUGAAGAAAGUCAAGAGCAAAAGGAGGUUGCAGAUGAAAAGGUAUACUCCCAUAGUGAAGAUGCAGGGAAGUUGGAAAUUACAGGAAACACUGAAAAAGGUGAAAUACAAGAUGAGGGCAUGGACCAGAAAGUAAGUUCCCAAGGUAAAGAUGCAGUAGAGUCAGAGACUGGUGAGAAAAUAGGCAAAGAAGGUCAAGUGCAAAAGGAGGUUAUGGAGGAGACAGUAACUGUGUAUAAUGAGAAUGCAGAGGGGGCAGACACAACUGGGAGUAUUGAUAAAGGAAGUGAGAUCCCCAAGGAAGCUGCAGAGCAGGAGGUACAUUCACAGACUGAGGAUGCAGCAGAGGCUGUGUCUCCAGGGAAGCUUGAGAGCGAAAGUCAGGGUCAAGAGGGAGCAGUGGUAGGGGAUUUAAUAUCCCCGAGUGAGGAAGCAGUGGAACCAAAGACUGAAGAUGUCACUAACAAAACAAGCCAAAUGCAGGAGGAGGUGGAGGAGAAAGAUUUUGAGAAAGGGGUUGCAAUGGAGACAGUGUCUGCAGGGCAGCCUGAUAUAAAAAGUCAGGUUCAAGAGGAGCCAGUAGAGGAGAAGGUAAGUUCUGUGAAGGAGGGAGUGGUGGAGGCAAAAUUUGCCAGUAACACAGAGAGAGGAGGCCAGGUACUGCAGAAAGAAGUGGAGGAAAAUGUAAGUUCACUGAGGGAGGAUGCACUGGAGAUAGUGCCUGCAGUGCAGCCUAAGAACAGAAGUCUGGCACAGCAGGAGGCAAUGAAGGAAAAGGUAAGUUUUCAGAGUGAGGGUACAGUGGUGGCAGAGAUUGCAACUGUCACUGAGAAAGAAAGCCAAGUGCAGGAGAAGGAGGUGGAGAAAGUAAGUUCACUGAGCAAGGAUGCAGUGGAGGCAUUGUCUACAGGGCAUCAUGAUCCUGAAAGUGAGAUUCCAGAGGAGGCAGUAGAGGAGAGAUUAACAUCCCACCAGAGUGAAGAUGCAGUGGAGCCAGAGAUUGAACCCGUCACUGAGAAGGAAAGUAAAGUACAGGUGGAGGUUGUGGAAGAGAAAGUAAGUUCUCAGUGUGAGGAUACAGUUGAGGCUAUGUCUGCAGGGCAGACUGAUAUAAAAUGCCAGGUUCAAGAGGAGGCAGCAAAGGAGAAGGUAAGUUCUGAGAAGGAAGGUGCAGUGGAGGCAGACUUCUCUAGUGAAAUAGAGAAAGACGGUCAGGUACAGCAGGAGGCAACAGAGGAAAAAGUAAGCUUGCCGAGUGAAGAUGCAGUAGAAGUAGUGUCUGCAGUACAGCCUGAUAAAGGUCAUGUAGAGCAAGAGGCAGUAGAGAUAGUAAGUUUGCAGAGUGCAAGUGCAGUAGAAGCAGAGUUGGUGGAUGUCACUGAGAGAGAAAAUCUAGUACAGCAGGAGGAGGUGGAGGAAAAGGUAUGUUCAGUCAGUGAGGAUGUAGUUCAGGCAGUGUCUAUAGGGCAGCCUGACAAAGAAAGCCAGGUUCAAGAGGAAGCAGUAGAAGGGAAUGUAGUAUCCCAGAGUGAAGAGGCAGUGGAGGCAGAGAUUGAAGAUGUCACUAAGAAAGUAAGUCAGGUACAGGAGGGGACAGUGGAGGAUUACGUAAGCUCUGAGACAGGGGGUGCAGUGGAGGCAGAGAUUGCCAGAGACACAGGGCAAGGAAGCCGGAUAAAGCAGGAGGCCAUAAGUUUGCAGUGUGAGGAUGCAGUUGAGGCAGUGUUUGCAGGGCAGCCUGACAUAAAUAGUCAGGCACAAGAAGUGGUGGAGGAGAAGGUAAGUUCUGCGAAUGAGGGUGCAGUGGAGGCUGAGGUUGCAGAUAACAUUGACAAGGAGAGUCACAUUCAAGAGGUGGCAGACGUGGAGGAGACAAGUUCUCAGAGUGGGAAUGCAGUAGAGUCAGUGUUUGCAGGGCAGCCUGAUAAACAAUGUUAUGUACAGCAGGAGACGGUGGCAGAGCAGGUAAAUUCCAAAAGGGAGGAUGCAGUGGAGUCCGAGUUUGGUGAGAAGACAGAAAAAGUGAAUAACAUACCAGAGGGGGCAGUAGAAGGGAAGGGAAGUUUGCAGAGUGAGGUUGCAGUACAGGCAGGUAUUGCAGAUAACACUGAGAAUGAUAAGGAGGUACAGGAGAAGGAUGUAGGGGAGGAGGUAGCUUCCCAGACUGAAGAUGUAAUGAAAGUAGAGUUUGGUGAGAACACAAAACAAGAAAGUCAGGUUCAAGAGUGUGAGGCAAGUUUAGAACAUGAUGUCGCAGUGGUAGAUGAGUUGGACAAAAGCACUGAAAAGGAGAGUCAGGUUCAAAAAGAGGCUGUGGAAGAGAGGAGAAGAUCCUGGAGUCAGGGUGUAGUGGAUGCAGAUAUUGCAGACAACACUGCAAAAGGAAAUCAGGUAGAAGAGGCAGCUCUGGAGGAGGAGGAGGUAAGUACCCAGAGUGAAGUUACAGUGGCUAAAGAAUUGGACAAGAGCCCUGAAAAAAAAAGUCUGGUUCAAGAGGAGUCUGUGGAGGAAAGAGUAUGUUCACAGAGGGAGGGUGUGCAGGAGACAGAGUUGGAAGGAUACCUUGAGAACAAAAGUCAGGUACAGGAGUGGGCUGUGGAGGAGGUUAUAUCCCAGAGUGAAGAUGCAGCUGAGACGGGGACUGCAGAUAAUGUGGAAGAAGAAAGUCAGGUGCAGGAGGAGAGCAUGGGAGAAAUGAUGAGUUCUCCGAAUGUAGAUGCAGUUGAGGCAGAGUCUGGAGGCUGUACAUUAGGAGUUUGUCAGAUUCAAGAGAAGGCUAGGGAGGAGAAGCUAAAUUUCCCAAAUCAAGAUACUGUGGAGGAGGAGUUGGGCAGGAGCAAUGUCAAAAGAAGUAAGGUACAAGAAGUGACUGUGGAGGGAAAGAUAAGUUCUGAGAGUAAAAAUGCAACGGAGACAGAGUUUGUCAAAAAAACAGAAAAAGAAAACCAGGUGCAAGUUGAGGCUGUGGCAGAGAAGGUAUGUUCCCAGAGCAAGGAUGUAGAUGAGACAGAGUUUACACGGCAUCUUGAGAGAGAAGUUCAGGAACAAAAGGGGUUUUUGGAGAGGCAGAUCAGUUUUCAGAGUGAAAAUGCAUUGAAGGAAGAGAUUAGUGAAAAAACAGAAAAAGAAAGUCAGGAAACAGAGGAAGCCCUGGAGGAGAAGGUAAGUUCCAAGAAGGAAGGUAUAGUGAAAGUAGAGGUUAGGGCAAACGCUGAGACAGAUUGUAAAGUACAAGAAGAGGCUGUGGAAGAGAAAGUAAGUUUGCAAUGUGAACAUACAAUAGAGACAGAGGUUGGGGGAAACACUGGACAAGAAGAGGAGAGAUCCCUUACAACCACUGAUAAUACAAAUGGUAUAAGCGACUUGCUGAUGGUGACAGCUGACCUAGCAGCUGUUGCUCCAUCUGAGAACAAAAAAGAAGUGGUAAAUGAAUGUAAUAUUUUAAAGUUGCAGGAGCAUGGUGAGGAGUGUGAUGAGAACAGCAAAAAUAAAGAAGAAAGUCAAGCAGAUAAGUUAGUAAAUAAAGAAGCUGAACAUACUGAGCUCAAGAUGGAUCAGCCAUUUUCAUCCAGUUUGGGGACAGAUGAUGUAAAUGUAGUGAUCCUCACACAGGAGGGCCAAUAUGGGACUCGAGCAGAAUGUUCAGAGAUUUCCAAAGAACUGGGUAGACCUCAAGAGGCAAAUGCAGAAGUGGAAACCAACCAAAGUGUCUGGUAUACAGACAAGGAAAGUUGUGAAGGUCUUGAUAACAAAUUGGAACUACAGGAACUACGUGAAAAUGUAGUCUGGGACAGAAGAUCUGACCUGGAGGAAGAAGUACAUCACACCCAGGCUGGGCCAGUGGAAGCUGGGGCUGAGAGCUUUCCUGAUAAUUCUACUGAAAGUCCCGAUGCAACAAGAAUGGAAAUAACCAUUUUGAGAAUGGAAAACUUAAGAAUAGAAGUGACUGAUGUGCUAGAAAAAGAGGACGUGAACACUACUACUUCAGUGGGUAGUAACUCUGUUGCUGACGAGGAUCAGUGUAAGCUAGUAGACAUGCCUUCAAGUGCUGAAAUCACAAGCUCGAUGGGAAGUGAAAUUCUUGCAGAGGAGAGCAGGGAGGGUAGUUGUACAGAGCAAUGCUCUGAAUAGUAGUAAGUGUUUUUGUUUUUCAGAAAUAUGCAGCCCAACCCUUCAGCAUUUACUUAUGCCUAUAGUACCCUUGAAGUGAAAAUGCUCAUGUGAGUAAGGGCUGCAAGAAUAGGUCCACUUCUAGUGUUGCCAACUCUUGCAGUUUUGUCAAGAGUCUCACAAUAUCUGGGGGGGGUUUGGUAGUGCUCCCGAUGCUGGAAUGAGGUUAUUGCCUCAAUCUCAGCUUUCAUUUAACAAAAAAAAAUUAUUAGCUCAUGGUUGUAGCGAAAAGCUUGAGAAUGUGGCCUCAAUUCUUCAAAGCAAAAUAAUUAUUUAUUAUUUUAUUUCUAAAUUCACCAUUUUUAAGAUAAACUCAUGCUUUUUAUGGGGGGGGGAGAAAUGACUUGUGAUGCUUGUGAUUGGCAAUACUGCAAUAGUUUGUAGGAGAUCAGUAAAUCAAAAUGCAGAUAAAAGAAUUCAUAUAGGACUCGUGCAGUACAAAGACAAUAUUUAAAUCUUUCAAAUAAGUAAUUAAAUGAAAAAUUUAUUGGAUGGUUCAUCAGCCCAGUUGCAUGUAAACUUUGAACUUUAUGUGCUAACCAAAUUACUAAAAUAUUUUAAAGUUUAGACAGAUAUUAUAGACAAUGAAGUAUUCUGAUUGUUUUUCUUUUUGUUGUAUUUAAAACUGGGAUAGCAUUGGGAGCAGGUUUCUCAAUCCCACUCUGCACUUCUGCAUUAUAUAGCCUUUCAGAGCGCUUUACUGCUAUUUCUUUUUUGUUAUUAAGAGACUGAUGAGAAUGUUUACAGUAGCUCCAGCUAUGAUGAUUGUGCAGCACCUACUAGCUGUGCUUUCUACCAUAUAGUAUAUUUACCUAUAAUAUUGCAAUACAGAAGAUUAAUAAUGCUGUAGUGCAGUCCUACCACACACAUACCCAUUGACUUCAACAAGAGUUACCCAGUUCUGCGGGGCAUUUUUAUGCAUGUAAAGCUGUAUUGUGAAAACAGUAAUGGCAUGGGAAAUUGCAACGAAGUGUGAAAUGUCUUAUAUACCAGAAUCAUACCAUAUGCUUCCCCGUACCUAGAUGCAAUUCAAGGCAAAAAGCCCCCAGAGGAAUAACUAGUUGUGCUUGGGUUUUGGAAGACAAAUGGGGUCACAUUUUCAAAAGCAGCUUAAAAAAUUGGCAGUGGUUUUUCAAAUCCAAGAUUACCACCACCUAUACCAUGUUGUGAUCCUGGCACAUAAGCUGCCUUUCUGCACAGUUUGCACAUACACUUGCAGGUGUUGAACCCAGAAAAUCUUGGAAAUGAAAAACAGUGCUUUUGCAAGUUGAGUAUGCAAAACUACACCUGCAAUUUUAGAGGCUAUUUUAAGGCAACUUAAAAGUACAGCACAGGGCCUGAGGCUAUUUAUAAAUAAGUACAUUACUGUGGGAGUAUGAGUUACAGAACUGGGCUCAUAAAGAAAGUAGCAUUCUUCAAGAAAUAACAAAAUCCCAACAGGAUCCUUAAUCUUGCUGGAAUUUAGCUGCAGUAAAUUUGAUUAAUAUCCAUUGUCUAAUGCUAUCCAAAGCACUAUAAAAUACUAAUGGGGGGGGUGACACUAGUUGAAGAAAUUAUCGUUGCAUAGCUUCAGAAACGCCAUGUUGUUGGUGAACUUGACCAAAUCGAAAGUUGUUGUAAAAUAAAUGCAAGUACACAGUGUUUAUUCCAUAAAUGCUAGUGUGUGUGAACACUGAAGUUGGGUACAAAGUUCCCUUUUGGAAUUAGUUUUAAAUAGGGUUCUUCUAAUAUUUGUUUGAUGAUGAAAUGUUCGAACUAGGGUCACAUACAACCCUAUUUCUACUGAUUUGCCAGCUAACUCCCUUGUGAUUUCUUAUUAGUUUUGAAUGUUAAGGAGUGACUUCAAUUAUGUAAUAAUUAUGCCUGAUAAUUAAUUGAUGCAUAUCUGUUUGAACAAGUUAGGGUAGAACAUAAAUACUUCCAUUAUUGUAGACUAUAGGAGAGAGUAGUAGCAGGAUGCUGCCCUACAAAGAAAACUGCAUUUUACUAAUAAAACCAUUUAGAAAUAUUAUUCUUUUUAUGUACCUUAGGCAUCAAAGAGAAGUUAGCAUAAACCUCAUCCAAAGUAAUCUUUAACCAUUCAUAUAACAGGCUUGAUGUAAUAUUUCCCUGUACAUAUUUGGUAACACAGAUGUCUAAUAAAAAUGUCCAGCGUGGUUGUUUUUCUUAAGUAGAAUGGGGAAGAACUAAGAUAAAUUUUGUAUGCUUUCUUUUACUCUUUGUUUUUUAAAUGAAGUUAUUCACCACAGAUUUGUUGUUGGGUUUUUUUCUUGGUGUUCUCUAUACAUAAUGUUGAGACUUGUAAAUGGAUAAACUGUGGCCUACCCUCAUCAAUGUAAUCUUGGAACAAUAAACAUAAUUAUUCAGACUGGAGUGGCAUGAGGCAGAAUUAGUGAAGUCAAGGAUCUGACCCCCUGCAAUUCCCUCAUUGCAUGGUCACUUUUGAACUUUUAAUCAACAGAAAUCAUUUGCUAAUGAAUCAUAAUCAUUUUUAGUUUUCCUAUGGUUCCAAGAACAUUACAUGGAUUAAAUUUCCUCAUCUAUAAAAUAGGAAUAAUAAUACAUAAUCUCUUACAUUAAUUCUCCCACCCAACACUGUAAUUAAGGGUUUUGAAGUGCUUGGAAGGGGAAAAGAACCAUAUAUGAAAUCAGUUUUGUUGUUGAUAUGUUUCACCUGGUUACCAACUUGUGUAGACAAAACAUGAAACACAUAAUUUGCUUGUAACUUUGUAAAGUACUUAUACGGAAAUAAAAUGUGGUCAUCCCUUUUA